AUGUAUAACGAUACCACUCACGACAUGUACAGUGCUUGCAAUGGCAAAGUUCACUCGGAUUCAUACGAGCCUAUUGCUAUCAUAGGCAUGGGAAUGCGGCUUCCGGGUCACGUCCACAAUGCCACCGACUACUGGGACCUUCUUGUCAAGGGCAAGAGCGGUCGCUGCCCCGUACCCAAAAGCCGCUACAACGUCAACAACUGGUAUGGGCCAGGAAGAGUGUCCCACGUUCCAACCAAGUUUGGAUACUUUCUCGAAGAGUUGAACCUGGCACACGUUGACCCAAGCUUUUGGUCGUUCACGAAACAAGAGGCCGAGCUCAUGGAUCCGCGGCAACGCUUGUUUCUCGAGGUGGCUUACGAAGCUUUGGAGAAUUCCGGCUCAAAAUCAUGGAAAGGCAAUGAUGUUGGGGUAUAUGUCGGCACUAUGGGGGACGACUGGGCUACACUCGAGUCCCGCGACGAACGGAACCUGAACCCUAUCCGACCGGACGUGUUUGGUGACUACAUCCUGGCUAACAGGGCAUCUUACGAGUUCGAUCUGACGGGCCCAAGCGUUGUUGUGCGGACUGCUUGCUCCGCAUCUCUAGUCGCACUCCAUCAAGCCUGUCAAGAUCUGCAUAGUGCCGACUGCUCCUCUGCACUUGUCGGGGGUGUCAACCUCAUCCUUACGCCUAAAGACACUGCCUCCAUGCAUCAAAACGGAGUCCUAUCACCUUCAGGAUCUUGCAAAAGCUUUGAUGCAGAUGCCGACGGGUUUGCGAGGGGCGAAGGAGUAUCCGCAAUUUAUAUCAAAAGAUUAUCUGAUGCAGUGAGAGACGGCGAUCCGAUCCGCUCUGUGAUUCGCUCCACAUGCACCGCCGGAAAUGGUCGAACUCUUGGGCUGACGACACCGAACCCCGAGCUCCAUGAACGGCUGAUGAGGAGGGGCCACAGGUUGGCUGGCAUCACAGAUUUGUCGAAAACUGCCAUGGUAGAAUGUCACGGCACUGGCACACCUGUAGGGGAUCCUCUGGAAGUGAGUGCUGUUGCCAACAUCUGGGGCGAGAAUGGUAUUUAUAUCGGAUCGGUGAAACCAAACAUUGGGCAUGGUGAAGGAGCUGCAGGCCUAUCAAGUGUCAUCAAGAUGGUGCUGGCAUUGGAAAACUCAACUAUUCCACCAAAUAUCAACUUCAAAGCACCCAAUCCAAGAAUCCCCUGGGAAAGCGCCAAGCUGAAAGUUCCGACAGAGCCUCUGCGCUGGCCAACAGACAGAUGUGAAAGGGUUUCGGUCAACGGCUUUGGAAUUGGCGGUUCCAAUGCUCACGUGAGUGUUGACGCCAGAAUUAGUCUUGCGGCGCUAAUUUUCUACCAGGUCUUGCUUGAAUCUACUGCAUGCUUUGGUCUGCCUUCGAUCAAGAUUCUCAACAAAUCAAACACCGAGACUCCCUAUCACCGCUUGCUCGCUUUCUCGGCCAAACACCCUGACUCUGUCAAAAGCCUGACAAACAAGGUUGAGAAUUACCUGAACCAGUCAUCAGGGAGUCUGAACAAUGUUGCAUAUUCACUGGCUGCGCGUCGCGAGAUCCACACAUAUCGCGCAUUCUGCGUGACUGAUGGUAAAAGUGCACUGCAGAUUUCCCCAGUUAUCAAAAGAAAGUGCUCAACGCCCGAAGUCAUUUGGGUAUUCACGGGCCAAGGAGCACAAUGGGCGCAGAUGGGCAAAGAACUUAUCGAACAAGAGCCCCUGUUCGGAGAACGGAUCGGCAGUCUUGAUAAAAUCCUUGCUGGACUAUCCGAACCUCCGUCUUGGACGAUAAAAGAACUGCUUGUAGCCCCGGAAGACGAGAGUCGCCUCUCCGAGGCCGAGUUCUCCCAGCCAUGUCUUCUCGCCAUACAAGUCGCUCUUGUCGACUUGCUUCGGUCAUGGGGUGUUGUUCCGAGCGCCGUAGUUGGGCACUCUUCGGGUGAAACCGCUGCCGCUUAUGCAAGUGGUGCCAUCACGGCCGAAGAGGCCAUACUCAUCGCGUAUCACCGAGGUCAAAUCACCCGCCUCAUCAAGGCUACGCACAAUGGCAGUAUGGCUGCUGUUGGCCUCGGCCGAAACCAAGUCGAGCAGUUUCUGCGGCCGGGAGUCAUUGUAGGGUGCGAAAAUUCGCCUUUCAACGUGACUCUGUCAGGUGAGAAAGACGUUUUACAAGACGUCCUGCUCAAUAUUCGACUGAAGAACCCGGAAGUGCUUGCGCGAGCCCUCCGGGUUGAGUGUGGUUAUCAUUCUCAUCACAUGCAAACAGCAGCGGAGGAUUUCACGUCACUCUUGGAAGGGUUGCCAUGCGUCCCGUUUUACUCCUCUGUAACCGGGGUCAAGAACACAGAUAUGUCCCACUCAUACUGGGUAAAUAACGUCUUGUCUCCCGUUCUGUUCAGCACGGCAGUACGAUCGGUCCUGGACGAUUUCACGUCACCAGUUUUUGUCGAAAUCGGCCCGCACUCCGCUCUCGCUGGGCCGAUACGUCAGAUUCUGCAGUUCGAGAGUAGAACGGCUCAGUAUAUCCCGACAUUGACAGCCGGGGAGCUCUGGUUAGCUGGCACGACCAUCGAUAUUGCUGUAUUUCUGACCGACCUUCCGACGUACCCUUGGCACUACGACAAAGAGCUCUCCCGCAGUUGGCGUUUCAGGAAGUUCCCUCAUCACGAACUUCUUGGCUCUCGAGUCGAAGAGAUCUCGGACGCGCUCCCUUCUUGGAGAUGUAAUAUGCGUCUCGAGGACGUCUCGUGGUUACGGGACCAUGUCACAAUUUUUCCUGCUUCGGGGUUCAUUUCAAUGAUUGGAGAGGCUUUGAGGCAGCUCACAGGCUCUGGCGAGUUCACGCUCAGUCAUGUGUCGUUCGAGGCCGCUCUGGUGCUUGAUGAUCGGCCGGUUGAGCUGGUGACGACUUGGUACGACUUUUCAAUAUCUUCGCUCGGUGAAGCAAACGGACACUGGGUGAAACAUGUUUCCGGCCAAUGCAGAGCGGGCUCAGGAAAGAAGCGCCUCCCUCCGCAAAUGUCUAGCCUGCCACGCCAAAGAUUUGGUCUGAACUAUGGCAGCAGCUUCCGCGGUAUUUCUGGCAUCACCUCGCACGUCACUGAACCUAGAGCCGUUGCAACGCUCGAUGAUAGGCAUUCUGGUUACAACAGUGCAGUUUAUUCUGUUCAUCCGGCAACUAUUGACACGAGCAUGCAUGUGGCCAUGGUCGCCAGCUGCAAAGGUCUUGAAAGAAAUUUCAGGCAAUUGGCAGAGAUGUUUGUCGGAAAAUCUACCGGCCCAAUUCAGAGUCUACACGAGGCUGUUCCUGUAUCCAAGGUCGUCGGCGUGUCCGAAGGGCAGGUCGUCAUUGACAUCUCUGGGUUGCAAAAUAGCCACAGCAACGAGGAGGACCCCCACGCCGGGGCCGUCCUCGAAUGGAAGCCCGAUAUCGACUUCCGACAAACGGAUGUAGACUCCCAUGUCCUAGAUAGGAUGGUGCUGGCCUGUAUCGUCGAUCUUAGGGCUCAGAUCCAGUUUCUCCCUGCUACACAACCCCAUUUAGUCAAGGAGGCUAUGACUGGACAAUACCCUGGAGUCAUUAAUCCACUUGAAAUCGCGACAAUGAGCCACAAAGUUCGACAUGCAUUUAUAGUCAAGAUGCUCGAAGGCACUGUCCUCUUCGAUAUCGCUCUCGCAGUCUAUCGGGUUCAUAUCUAUGGCGCAGGUUGCUUCUCGGGCUCCUCGCACGCAGUCAAGACACUAGCGCAGCCUGAGCAUCUCACCGGUUUCCUUAGGUUCAUUGACGACGUAGACUUUUCCAGUCUCCUUCAACUUCUAGGACAUAAAAAUCCAAACAUGAGCAUCUUACACAUCGAUCCCGCGGCAGAGACUACCGACAUAUCAUCGGCCUUUUCAUCUCCGGACGGCGAGCGUACCUAUGGUACCUACACCUAUACCGGUGUCUCCAUAAAGCCAGCAAAAUUCAUCGAGACACGGUUUGAAUCGUCAUCAGCAGUCAAAUACAGACAACUGGCGAUAGAAGAAGAUCCUAUUCCUCAGGGCUUCGCCGAAGAGUCAUUCGAUCUCAUCAUCUCUCAACGAACCAUAGCCCCCUUCUCAUCAGCCUCCAUAAUUAACAUGCGAAGGCUUCUGAAGCCUCGCGGCUACCUAAUUCUCCAGCGCCCGAACCCUGCAUCCAAGGUUCUUCAGCUCGCCUUUGGUCUUGUUCCGGAGAUCAACCUCGGCGGUGAGUCACCAUCACAGCCGGAUGCCUUGCGAGAACAGUUGAGACUCGCCGGUUUCGACGACGUUUCGUCAGCCAUAUUUACCGGAGAGCAUGGCCGAAUUACUGUGGCCAGACCUUGUCAAUACUUCUCAAAGCCUGUGAGAGCAAUCGUCAUAUGCCAAGAUUCAAACCAUCCCGUUGUUUCCAGCGCUAUAAUGUUCUUACAGUCCCGAGGGAUUUCUCUACAACACUUCCCCCCUGGACACAGACUUCCUCGGGGCCAACCCAUCUUGUGUCUGCUGGAUCUUGAGUCACCCUUCCUUCACAACAUGGGUCCUGCGCAGUGGGACGAGCUGAAGAAGUCUUUGUUCUCGGCGCAAGACGAGAAGAUGCUCUGGGUUACGGGUGCCUCUCAGAUGCAGUGCAAAGACCCGAACUACUCUCUAACACUGGGUGCCGCUCGUAGCGUGCGAAGAGAGUUGGCAAUGGACCUAGCCACCCUGGAACUAGAGUUCUUCAACGUCCAUGGAUGGGAUGCUAUGGCCACUGUGCUCGAAUCUUUCGGAGGGCGCUUCCGUGGCGGUGAGGUUGAUUCGGAUUCCGAGUACGUCUUCUCCAAUGGAUCAAUCCAGAUCUGUCGGUUUCACUCCAUCAAGGUUAUGGACAACUUGAGAGAACAAUGCGACAACGCUCCGAAAACUCUAAAUAUCGUCAAUCCCGGAUCUUUGCAGGCAUUGAGAUGGGAAGAAACCGAAGGUGUAGGGUUGGUCUUGGAUGGAGACAACCUUCGAGUUGAGGACCUACAUACAUCGCUAAGUGAUGUGUCAAGCGAAGCCGGUAUUUCUAGCAAGUUUGGACUCGAGGGCAGUGGUAUUGUUACAGGCGUGGGGCCUGAUGCCCGCCAAUUUCGCGUUGGUGAUCGAGUUGCAUUUAACCACGACAGCGCUCUAUCAACCUCUAUCAUAUUGUCCGAGUCUCUAUGUGCAGAGAUUCCUGCUGCCAUGGGCUUUGAGGAAGCUGCAUCAACGCCAUACUCUUUCGGCAUAGUUCUACAUGGGCUAAUGGAACUAGGGAAACUGAAAAAGGGCCAGUCUGUAUUGAUUCAUUCAGCUUCCGAUGCCCUCGGGGCUGCCGCAAUCAAUGUGGCUAGAUUGAUUGGUGCCCAGACUGAGCCUUUCUUGAAGAUUGUUUGUACAGUCCGGACUUCGGAACAGGCCGAAUACCUCAUGAGUUCGUAUGAGAUUCCUAAAACCUGCAUAUUCAACUGCGGGGACACUUCCUUUUCGCACGGAGUUUUGCAGUUGACGGCUGGAGUUGACGUCGUGUUCAACACUCUACCUGAAUUUUUACAAGAGUCUUGGGACUGCCUUUCACCACUUGGGACAUUGGUACACGUCGUCCAACACAGAGCCCACAAUGCCAGUCAUCUCCGGAUGGACCGUUCAAACUGCAAUCGGACUUUCGCCAGCGUAGACUUUGAAGAUCUGAGGAUCAAUCGUCCGAGAGAAUGCACCCGGCUCCUGGAACAAGCCUUCACACUUAACAAGUUUGGCUUGAACAACACAGCCCCCGAAGUCCUAACAUUCGAAGCUUCUGAUGUGGUACUGGCAUUCCAACACCUUCAAUCCGACAAGCACGUUGGACGGGUUGUUGUUAGGAUGCCUCGAAGCAGCGGGGAGCUUCAAGCACUCCCUUUACGCUCACAGAUUUCUCUCCGCCAUGACAGAACUUACAUCAUUGUCGGCGGUGCUGGAGGCCUAGGCCAAGCUACUGGUCGCUUUCUUGUCGAGAGGGGGGCUCGCGACCUGAUAUUUUUCUCGAGAUCGGCCGAAGAAGCCUCCAAAAUCCAGCCACAGUACUUCACGGAACUCGAGUAUCUAGGCUGCAGGGUUCAAGCGAUCUCUGGUAGCGUUGACAGGAUGGCCGAUGUGGUCAGGAUGAUGGACUCCGUGUCAAGUCCAAUCGCUGGAGUCUUGAACGCAGCGAUGGUUCUUCAGGACACGAACCUCGCCGAUAUGACUUUCGAGCAAUGGCAAGCCACUGUUUCGCCAAAGGUACAGGGAACAUGGAAUCUUCACUAUGCUCUCCAGGCGCAAAGCGAACCACUUGACUUCUUCUUUCUCUUCAGUUCCCUAUCUGGACUCGGCGGUCAAAUCGGCCAGGCCAACUACGCCGCCGGCAAUGCUUUCUUGGAUGCCUUUGUGCAAUAUCGUCAUUCUCAGAGUCUUCCAUGUUCUGUUCUCGACAUCGGAAUCAUGGAAGACAUUGGCGUUCUUGCAAGGGAAACCACCCGCCUGGAAGCCCUUCGCACAGUGUCGCAGCAUUGCCUCCACGAGCAAGACUUGCUCGACGCCGUGGAAUUGAUGAUCCAGCGCUCCAACGGUCGUCUUGGCAUCGGGUUCGAACAAGGUGAGGGCCUGGCUCGAGGGUACAUUAAUCCGAGUCAACUCGCCAUCGGCAUGCGAUCGUCUGCUUCGGCGAACAGAACUGGGUGGCAGAGAGAUCCACGCACUCUUUUUCUAACGAGUGCAGCCUCUACCCACGGCCAGGUGGUUCACAGUGAGCACGAGACGGGCAGUUCCCUGAGGGAGUUCCUCCAUAGUUGCGCAUCAGACCCAGGGAAACUGUCAUCUGACGAAGCCAAAGAGUUUUUGGCCAAGGAAAUCGGCGGCGCCUUGAGGGGGUUCAUGAUGCGGCAGGAUGCGGAAGUCAACCUGUCGCUGCCUCUGCAAACAGAUUCGUUGGUUACGGUGGAGCUGCGUAACUGGUUCCGGCAAAAGUUGGGAGUCGUUUUCACUGUUGUCGAGUUGCGAAGGGCGGAAAGCAUCUUGGCACUUGGCGGACUGACAGCUGCCAAACUCUCUGCUGCAAACAUGUGA